GAAGUAAACAUUGAAAUGUCAAAAAAAUAUUUCUGUUAUGCUGAAGCAUUUUGAUUCGGAACUACAUUAGGCAUUUAAGUUUUCGGUACAAUUUUAUCGGCAUUAUUUGCCAGGUUUAUGAAAAAUGGACAUAGGAGAACUUCUUUCAUUCAAACCGGAGCAGACGCCCAAACGACCCUCGGAUUUUGAAGAAGACGAUGAGGAUUCAUCUGAGCCAAGGCCGGUUGCUACAGCGGAACCACCCCCGAAAGUAAGACGAGAUAAUGCGGAAUCUUCAAACGUACGGGCAAACCCGCAGGUGAGCCAAAAAGAACCGCAAAUCAGCGAACAAGAACGGCUUGAUAUUCUUAAGUAUGUGGAAUCGGAAGAAGCCGAAGGAGAAGUACUGGACGAAGCCAGUCUUAAAAAGAUUCUUCUGCUGUUCGAAAAGCGAGUGUUGAAGAAUCAGGAAAUGCGAAUCAAGUUUCCCGAGAACCCCGAAAAGUUUAUGGAAAGCGAAAUCGAGCUGAAUGAUGUACUACAGGAGCUUCAUUCAGUAGCUACGGUUCCGGACCUGUAUCCGUUGCUAGUAGAAUUGAAUGGUGUUUCCAGUUUAUUGGAACUGUUAUCACACCAGAACACGGACAUAAGCGUUGCUGUGGUCGAUUUGAUUCAGGAACUAACCGAUGUCGACAUUUUACAUGAAAGCUUGGAUGGUGCCGAAACUCUAAUUGAGGCACUGAGGAAUCAACAGGCUGCCGGUUUGCUAGUUCAAAACUUGGAACGGUUGGAUGAAACCGUGAAGGAAGAAGCAGAUGGCGUUCAUAAUACACUGGCCAUUUUCGAGAACUUGAUGGAGAUAAAGUCGGAAAUUGCCAAAGAAAUCGCUGAACAGGGUUUGGUACAGUGGAUUUUGAAGCGGUUGAGGAUGAAGAUGCCAUUCGAUGUCAACAAGCUCUACUGUAGCGAAAUUUUGUCUAUCCUUCUGCAAGACACCAACGAAAACAGGAUUCUGUUGGGAAAUUUAGACGGAAUUGAUGUUCUCCUACAACAAUUGGCGGCCUACAAACGACAUGAUCCAUCAUCAACCGAAGAGCAAGAAUUUAUGGAAAAUCUCUUCAACAGUCUCUGCUCUGCCCUGAUGGCAACUGAAAAUCGUGACAAGUUUCUCAAAGGCGAAGGGCUUCAGUUGAUGAACCUAAUGUUGCGGGAGAAAAAGCUGUCUCGUAACGGAUCGCUAAAGGUACUUGACCAUGCCAUGUCCGGACCAGAUGGGCGUGACAAUUGCAACAAGUUUGUAGACAUUCUCGGAUUGCGAACUAUCUUCCCACUGUUCAUGAAGACACCGAAACGCAACAAGAAACGUCUCCUCAGCACUGACGAACACGAGGAACACGUUGUGUCGAUCGUGGCAUCGAUGUUGCGCAAUUGCAAAGGUGGGCAGAGACAAAGGAUGCUUACAAAGUUCACUGAAAACGAUUUCGAGAAAGUCGAAAGGCUAAUGGAACUACAUUUCAAGUACCUGGAUAAAGUAGAAAUUGUUGAUCGCGAGAUUGACCAGCAAGUGAGUGCUGGUGAGAUUGACGAAGACGAGGAUGCUAUUUACGUGAAAAGACUUUCGGGAGGAUUAUUCACUCUACAGCUGAUCGAUUACAUUAUUCUGGAAGUGAGCUCAACCGAUGUGGUAAAACAGCGGAUUCUUCAAAUUUUGAAUCUGAGAAACGCUUCGAUGAAAACCAUUCGGCAUGUCAUGCGCGAAUAUGCUGGUAACCUGGGCGAUGCUGGCGAUUCCGACUGGCGAGAACAAGAGCAAGCAUACAUCAUUCAAUUAGUUGAUCGUUUCUAAGGAAAAUGUAUAACCAUUGAAUAAAACAGUAUCUUUAAUCAACA